UAAACAUCAAAAUUGAAACGCCACAAUUUAUAUACAAAAAAUACAAUGGUAUUUGCGGCGUUCGCAAUCGUAGGACUGGUCCUGUUCGCCUCCUACGCGGCGCUGAAGAAGCUCCACGAGCGCCUCAAAUCGCGGGUUUUCCGCGAUUUCCUCCGGGAAUUGUACGCCAGCGAAGCCAGAGAUAAGGCGCAAGGCGAAUGCCGACCCUUCGAGGCGCUAAAUCCGGAGAUAAUUCAGCUGAUUAAGGGCGAGCGCGAUAACGAUUCGACUUAUAGCGAUUUGAGAAAGGCCAACAGUUGCGUGGAGCUGCCGAGAAUCGCCUUGAUAAGGCGAGGAGUCAGCGAUUUGUGAGGCAUUAAAGCUUGUUAUUUAUUAGGGAUUUAAAUAAAUUGUAUUUUACGUUUAUUAUUACUAAUUUUUGUACCAAUGUAUAUUCUCUCUAUUUUUUUAUUUCUAUUAGUUAAUGCCUUUUAUCUCAAUUUUUACUUCUUUUAAAAC